CCCACCUCUGUUACAUGGUCCUAUUUUCCCAUGGUUUAAGUUGAUGCGUCACCACUUCAGUGCACUGACUUGAAUUGAAUGACUUCAUGGUGAAAGUAUUUUUUGGCAGUGUUCUUACAGGGCGGAUGUCAUGGACUAUGAUUUCUGUGCUGCACAUUUCUCUGCAGCACUUCUCCUGAAGAAUGCUAUCUCACCGGAUUUCAGGAAGACCGUGUGGAGAAGUUUAUGCUCGCUCAUGCAGAAAAAGGACUUGGAUAGAGCGGGAAGAUGCCCAUGUGCAUAAUUUGUCAACUGUGACCAUCAUGCUCCAGAUGUGUGUGAUCUUCUGUUUGCUGUCCGCUGUCCUCUCCCAGUCAACAUCCUCCUUACCCAAGAAGGGUCGUAACUUCACCAUCCACUCCUCACAGCUGGUCUGCAGUCUGCCAGGUCAAGCUGGGCCACCGGGGAACCCAGGAGCCCCUGGAUCACCAGGGGCUAUGGGCCCGAUGGGACCCCCUGGGAAGGACGGCCCAGAUGGGAUGGAUGGAGAGAAAGGAGAAAAGGGAGAUGGGGGUGAUCCAGGGAGGACUGGGAAUCCAGGCAAACCAGGUGUCAAAGGGCGUGAAGGUGUCAUCGGUAAGGCUGGACUUAGAGGACUUAAGGGGCACAGGGGGUCCCCAGGGACAGCUGGAAAACGAGGUGAAAAAGGAGAGCACGGGGACAUGGGUGGGCAAGGGGAAACUGGAGGCUGUAACUGCGGUAGGGCAGCUCGAGUGGCCUUCUCUGUGGCCGUGACCAAGAGUUACCCCAAAGAGAGACUGCCCAUCCGCUUCAGCCGGAUCCUGCUGAACGAGGGGAAUCACUACAACGCCAGCAGUGGGAAGUUUGUCUGUACCAUCCCCGGAGUGUAUUAUUUCACAUAUGACAUCACUCUUGCUAAUAAGCACUUGGCCAUCGGGCUUGUACACAAUGGGCAGUACAAGAUCAAGACCUUUGAUGCAAACACAGGAAACCAUGAUGUGGCAUCUGGUUCAACUGUUCUCCAACUGCAGGAGUCAGACCAGGUGUGGCUACAGAUCUUCUACUCAGAGCAGAACGGACUCUUCUUUGACCCUUUCUGGACGGACAGCACCUUUACAGGCUUCCUUAUUUACCCUGACCAGGACUAUCUUAAUGAGGCUGAAAGAAAAGCUAAUGCUCAGGGUGACAGUUAAUACCCUCAUCCUGAUACAGUUUUAUUUAUUGCCUUAAUAUUAGGUGGAAACAUGAAAAAUCCCAUUUGAAGUCUGUCCCCCACGGGUAGGCCCAAGUGUAAUUUGGUUGUUCACAUGUGGUGACACAAGGGGGCGCACAAGGAGAGAAAAAGCCAAAGUUGGGAAAAUUAAAUUUUUAUCAUGGAGUAACCUUUUGUUUUUAUGGUGUCCUUAAAGUUUUUACAAGUUUGACCAAUAAGAAACAGGAUUAUUUGAGUUCCUUUUGUUCCCCAGUUUACCUUACAGGAGCUCUAUGUUUAUGUUGCCUCAGUUUUUAUUUGUUGGACACUAACACAUAUUCUGUCCCAUGUUCGAAUGCACAAAGAAGAUUUUGUAUUUUGUAGACUCUUCCCAUCUUGUCAUUUUUGAUGAUAAGACGAGGAAGGUAAAAAGAAGGGAGAAGAAAGGAAGAAAGAUACUUCUGUUCUGCAUGUCUAUUUUCAUCCUGUUGGCAUAACUUUUUUUAUUUAAUCAUUUGGAAACUGUUUCUAUUGCACUCUUCUGUUGUUUCAAGGUUGACCAUGAUCUGUCUUCAGGCUUACAGGUGCAAGUGUUAAACUCAGAUUAAAAGGAAGAACAAAGAUCAUG